ACGAGGGGGGAGAGAAAGGAGAAAUCUUUUAGUCUCAGUUUGUUUUGUUGAAAGGUUUUCUCUCUUACCUUUUAUAACUGUUCACUAAGUUUUUAAGCUCCGACCUAAUGUUGUUUUGUAAAGGCGUUUGGUGGGGAACUGAUCCCGGCAGCGGAUUGGAAUUCGGGAGUGCUGAAUGGGAAUAGCUGCAGCGUGUGAGCCGGGAGGGCGCAGCACUCCGGCUGUUAUCUCUGCUCGAUUCCCACUUUGAUGUGGCUUCGCACUUGCAAACUAGCCUGCUCGGGACUGGAGCGCCUGUAUAAGAGCUGAUCGAAGCCGACAGCCCCAGCCCCUCACCGCCAUGAGCCAGGCUGACUUUCCCCUGGCAGAGCACAAAUCCGACGGGAUGCGGCCCCACAUCUGCUGCGUCCCCCCUCCCCGCGCCCCCACCUCGCAGGGCCGCGGCCGCAAUUCCCUCCUGGCCAGGGCCGAGCCCCAACGGGGGAGUCCGCGACCGGAACAGCCCUUGGACUGCCAGCCCGGCGCGGAGCGGCGGAGUGGGACCUGUCCCCAGGAGCCCAGCGAGCGCUACCUGUCGGAGCCAGCCCCUGACGGCGGAUGGCUGAGCGCCGACGAGUCCUCGGGCUACGAGAGCGAGAGCGCCGGCGGUGAGCGCUCGGAAGUGGAGGCGCCGUGCGGGAGCCGCGGGCGUCAGCGGCGGGGGCGGACCGCCUUCAGCUCGGAGCAGGUGUGCCGGCUGGAGAAGACAUUCCAGCACCAGAAGUACCUGGGAGCCUCGGAGCGGAGGAAGCUGGCGGCCGCCCUGCAGCUCUCCGAGGUCCAGAUCAAGACGUGGUUUCAGAACAGGAGGAUGAAACUGAAGAGGGAAAUCCAGGACCAACAGCACCUCGUAUCUCCUGCUCCGCUCUACAGCUUCCCCCCGGGAACCACCCCUCCAGCCCUCCUUUCCGAUGAAGGCUUUCCGUUGUCUUUCCACUAUCCCUUUGCUCCACAGCAUCAGAGACUCCUGCCUCUCCCCCCGGUGUCUGCGAUGCAGCUCAGCUUCUCCUUCCCCAAAUAUGAUGCUUUUCAAAGCACCUACUGCUUCAUGGCAAGCGAGCUGCCGUACUACCAUCAACACUUGCUUCCUCCUCAUCCUUCUUUCCAUUCAGUAAUUCAGAAUAAAACGGACAAUAAAUGCCAUCCUCUGUACACCUGAUAGUGAAAACAAAACAUGGCAGACAAACAGGAAAAAUUGAUGAGUGUGAUGUAUUAGUAUAGUGAGAGAAAUGUAUUUUUUCCACUUAGAUGGAUUUUUUGUCUGAUUUGUAAUCUUACAUGUUUAUUUUUCUAAAUUAAUUGUAAAGAGUAAUAUUUAUUAAUAUUUGUACUAAUUAGCAUUAAAACUUAUUGGAUGUUGUGCUUCUCGGUCUUCUUUAUGCCUCACCUUUUUGAAAAGCUUUAUUUUUUUCCCCAAAAUACUUCUAUCUUCUUC